GCAUCCUGCAGUCGUCACCUGUGCCUGUGGACGAUCCUCCCGCGGUUCUGGUGAAGAAAGUGCAGAAGACCCCGGCUCCUGCAGAUCCCUCCAGGCGGAGAAGAGUCCGGAGAGCUGGCGUGGGCCACUCACAAGGUUCAGAUUGGACUCUGAAAGCAGACUCCUCUCCAGGGAGAAUAUUCUGGGACGUGGGAAAUGGCCCCAGGGCUCCUGACAACCAGAGACAAGGCGUUAAUGGCCUUCCAUGACGUGGCUGUGGCCUUCAGCCAGAUGGAGUGGGAGCUGCUGAGUCCUGCUCAGAGGAUCCUGUACAGGGAAGUGAUGUUGGAGAACUACAGCCAUCUGGUCUCCCUGGGAAUUGCAUUUUCCAAACCGAAACUCAUCAUGCAGCUGGAACAAGGGGCGGAACCCUGGAGAGAUGGCAGUGGAUGCUUUCUGGAGCUUUGUCCAGAACCCAGGACAGAAUUAGAGCCCUGUCUCUCCUGCCCGAUAGCCUUUGCUAGUCCGGAAGUCCUCAGAGUGUGUGUGCUGAAUGGACCUCCCUCUCAGACUUUCCCAAGCCCACCAGCAGGGAGCAACUUCCAGUCAGAAGCUCCAGGCUGUUCUAGCAAUGAAGGAGGUGAAGAGAGAGACAGCAGCGAUGUUCUGUUGCAAAGGACGAGUCCAACGAGGAUUCUGAAGCCGUUCUUUAGCCCAUGUCAAGGUCAGGCAGCAUACUGGGUAGAAGGCACCAGUAAACAAACAGACCUUGGCCUGGCCCCUGAGGAGGCAGUCACAGUGUUGAAGGGACCCGAUGAGUCAGCGUCUGGAGCCGUCAUACAUGGAGCGUUUCCACUAGGGCUUAAUGAUGUCACAAACCUGUUCAGCCCUCAGAAGCAUCACGGGUAUCCGGACUGCGGAGGGGGCUUUUGCCAGAGUUCAGACCUCAUGAAGCUCCAGAGAAUGGACGGAGGGGAGAAGCCUUACUCGUGCUCGGAGUGUGGGCACCAGUUUACUCAGAAGGCUUCUCUCACGGUCCAUCAGAGGAAACACUCGGGGGAGAAGCCACACGUGUGUGGGGAGUGUGGGCGAGGCUUCAUGUACGUAUCCUCCCUCAACAACCACAAGAAGAUUAUCCACUCUGGGGAGAGCCCCCUCGUGUGUCCGGAGUGUGGGCGUGGCUUCCGCCAGCAGAUCGACCUCCUCCUUCACCAGCGGACUCACCUGGAUAAAAAGCCCUUCGUGUGUCCCGAGUGUGGGAGGGGCUUUUGCCGGAAGGCCUCGCUACUGCAACACCGAUGGUCACACUCGGGUGACAACCCCUUCAUCUGCUCAGUGUGUGGGCGUGGCUUCAGGCUGCUCUCCCGGCUCCUCACUCACCAGGUCACCCACUCUGGGGAGAAACCGCACCUUUGCACUGAGUGCGGGCAACGCUUUGGCCAAAAGGGUACGCUCAUGAGACAUCAGAAGACGCACACAGGGGAGAAGCCUUACGUGUGUCGCCAGUGUGGCUGGAGUUUCACCCAGAAGGUCAACCUCAUUAGGCACCAGAGGAUUCACACAGAGGUAAAACCUUUCCUGUGUCCCGAGUGUGGACGAGCCUUUGAGUUUAAGUCGCUCCUUACCAGACACCGGAAGACACACACGGGGGAGAAGCCCUACGUAUGUCCCCAGUGUGGUAGGGGGUUUAGCCAGAAGUUCAACCUCAUUGGGCACCAGAGGAUUCAUGCAGGGGAGUUACCUUUUCUGUGCCCAGAGUGUGGUCGUGCGUUUGUAAGGAAGUCCAUGCUCAUCAGACACCAGAGGACCCACGCAGGGUGGGAGAAACCUUACCAGUGUCCCGACUGUGGACGAACCUUUGAGUUUAAAUCGCUCCUCACAAGACACCAGAAGAUACACACGGGAGAGAAACCUUAUGUGUGUCCUCAGUGUGGUAGGGGGUUUAGUCAGAAGUUCAACCUCAUUGGGCACCAGAAGACGCACACGGGGGAGAAACCCUACGCCUGUCCCCAGUGUGGCCAGCGUUUCAGGCAGAAGUUCAACCUUGUCAGGCACCAAAGGAUUCACACAGGGGAGAAGCCGUUCCUGUGUGCUGAGUGUGGGCGAACAUUUGGAAAGAAGGUCUCUCUCAUCAGACACCAGAGGACCCACGGAGAUGAGAAGCCUUACCAGUGCUCUGAGUGUGGACGAGCCUUUGAGUUUAAGUCGCUCUUCAUCAGACACCAGAAGACACACACGGGGGAGAAGCCCUACGUGUGCCCCGAGUGUGGCAAGGCUUUUAGCCAAAAGUUCAACCUCAUUGGGCACCAGAGGAGCCAUACAGGGGAGAAGCCUUACCUGUGCCCCCAGUGUGGGCGUGCCUUUGGUUUUAAGUCACUUCUUACCAGACACCUGAGGACACACUCCAAGUAGGAGCUUUUUGUAAACAGCAUACGUGGGUAGGGACUGGAUGGGAUGCUACACCUUACCUCUGACUCCAGGACUCAGUGCAGUCCGUAGAGAAGCCAUGGCUUUAACUCUGCCCUCAUCAGGCGGUCGCAGACCUACUCUGGCAAGAAGCCCCAAGUGCGUGCAUUGUAGGCGUGGCUUUAGCUGGAAGGUUCACUUCCAUAGACAUAGGAAGACCAAGUAUGGCCAUCAACUCCUAGCCCGAGAGGUGUUUGCCUGACCUGUUUCUUCCUUUCCCCAGGAGCACGAAGCUGGCAGAAAUCACUAGUGAAUGUUCCCGGAAAUGGAGUAGGGUUAAAAAUCCUUGCUUGUUCAUGAAAUCAUUGGUUUUAUGGUUUACUAUUCUUCAGUUAGCAGUAUGUGUUAGUUUUCUAGGGCUUCCUAACAAAAUACCUUAGACUGUAGAGCUCAGGCAAAAGAAAUUUACUUUGCCAUAUAUAUGGUGCCUAGAAGUCCUCUAUCAGACUGGCUCAGGUGUUGCUGGGACCACACCUCCCCUUAGCGGGUAGAUGGCUUCCAGAUGUGCUGUGCACCUACAGGUCCAUCCCUCCUGUAUGUACUUUCCUGGUGCCUCUAAUCCUGGAUAGGACCACAUCCAGAUGACCUUAUUUAACCUUGAGUAAAUGUCCUGCCUCCAAGUCACGUCACAUUAGAGGUAAGGCAUCGGUAUUUACAUUGUGGGGACAGGAUUCACGGCAUCCCCAGACUUCAGAUCCUUAAUGCAGUUUAGCAUUAGCUAUAAAUUAGAAAUUUCUUAAUACAGAUAUCUCAAUCAAGUGUGGGUGAAGAUAUAAUUCCAGUUCACCUGUAAGCCAUUUUUCCAUCCGGAGUCCCAUGAAAUCAAACAUGGAAUUUGCUUUCAAAGUCCUCUGACUAGACAGAUGCAGGUUAGAUAUCCCUAUUCUGAAAGGGAGACAUCAGACCUGAGCAGUGCUGGGUCCCGGUGUCCCGCAGAAACCCAGCAAAGCAAAUUCUGUGGGACCUUAAGUCUCAAGAAUAAUAUUGACUCAGUGUUCUGCCCCCUGGCUCACAGGGCUGGCAGGCAGUAUUGUUUCCCGAGCCCUGAACAAUGGCUUCACACAUUUCACCUCACUCCAGACCUCUGGCCAGAGUUUGGAACCACAGUUUCUUCUCUUCUCCUUUCUCCUUUCUCCUUUCUCCUUUCUCCUUUCUCCUUUCUCCUUUCCCCUUUCUCCUUUCUCCUCUUUCUCCUUUCUUUCUCUUUUCUCCUUUUUUCUUCCCCUUCCCUUCCCCUUCUCUUCCCCCUGCCUCCAUCCCUCUCUCCUUCCCUCCCUCCCUCCUUUCCUUCCUUUUUCUUUUUUCCUUUUGGUGUUUUGAGACAGAGACUCUCUGUUACAUAGCCCUGGCUGUCCAGGAACUCAAUAUGUAGACUAAGCUGGCCUCAAACUCAGAGAUCCUCUUGACUGUCUACUGAGUGCUGGGACUAAAGGGGUGAACAGAAUGGAGAGUUCUCCCCUUUUCUUGAAGAUGAACAACACACUUACAGCUUGGCGCUCCACUGGUUUUCUCUUUAGAAUCUCUGAAGUCUGAAAGUCUGCCUUCAUUUUGCCCCAGUCUCUUUCUGUCUCCUAGGGCAAGAAGAGAUUGCUAAUUAACUCUAGUUUCACACUCAUGCCAAUCUCUGUUGAAAAUGUUUUCCAGCCAUCUACCAUUCCCUCCAAACACACACACUUUUGUGGCUUUCCUUUUUUUUUUUUUUUAAAUGAUAUGAAUAAGGGGAGAAUUUUCUAAAUUUUUGCUCAACAAUUUGCUCAGGGUAUCUCUGUCCUCCUGCUUUGUAGAUGCAGCAAGAGCAAAUCAGGCCACACUUUGGUCAUCUAUGUAGAAAUCUCAUCUGAGUAUUUUGAACUUACAUUUCUUAAAAUUCGUCCAUUAGUGGAUAUCAAGGCAGCACAGAAGCCCAAGGCCCUGAGUUCGACCCCCAGAAUCCACAUAGAAGAAGAGACCCAACUCCACAACACUAUCCUCUGACCUCCACAGGAGCUGUGGCACGCAUACCCUCAAUACACUCUGGACCUGAUCCAUAGUAAUGACAAACACUAUUCUAUAAAACACUAGAAUUAGUGCAGCCAGGUUCCUUGUCACUGCAUAGCAAGGAUACUGGAGCUGGGCUUUUCUACUUUGGGGUUCUUUUUCCUACCCUUAGUCCCCAGGUUUCAUCCCCCGUCACUAGAUAGGAGAGAAGGAGAGAGAGAGAGAGAGAGAGCUGUCUCUAUAAUUUCUUGUUUCUUUAAGCACAACUACUGCAACCAACCCCACCUAUCGGGACUCUAGAAUUUAUAUACUCUCUGAAAAAUUCCAGAAUUCCAAACAUCACACAAUUGCAGAAACUAUCUGCUGCUGGCAAAACCAUGCCUCUGCUAGAACAGAAGGCAAAUCAUAGCUGCUAUGAAGCAGCCCCAUAUCCCACACCUGGGAUUAAAAUGAAAACAUAUAUUUCUGUGUUUGUUAAAGACACCAAGAUUCCAGAAUUCUCACUACAGGAUACCAGUUUUUAAAUUAGGCAUACCUGAUUCCUGCCAGAGACCUCAUCAGAAUCACCUUACAUGUGCACCUCUAGUGGGGUCUAGCCUCUACGUACUAUCCAACUCCAAGCCACUGACACGUUUUUAGGCUUGUUAUAACACUUCACGUGUGGUUCUAAAAUCUGUAUUAACUAGGGCUACCAUAGUACUUUGCUGGUUGCUUUUCUUCCUUUCCCCAUUCUUCCCCACAACCCCAUACGUUCCGACCUUCAUUUUUUUGAGACGGUGUCUCCUGUAGCACAGAAAGGUCCUGACCUGACCAUGUAGCCAAGACUGGCCUUGAAUCUGGCUUGUACCUGUUCUCCCCUAUGCUGGAUUUACAAGUAUGUGUGACCGUACCCAACCUUUCCAGCCUUAUGACCGUUCAUAUAGGAUUAGGUUCAGACCUUACACAUUUCUGGACCUCUUUAAAUGUUCUACAAAGACAGAUCAUCGGAGCUCUAACAUGCGAAUUGAGCUUGGAGCAGCACGAAGUUCAAUACAACAGUAUUCAUACUAUGUCUCCACAGUUGUGACUAGCCACCAGCUCCGGCCAUAAGAAGUGUUCUUGACCAUUCAUUUUCUUCCUACACAGUGACAGAAACCACUAACUAGUAAAUGCCCUGCUUUUCUGAUGGGGAAGAAGGGAAGUUGAAUUUUCUCAUCCAUCACGAGGUUGUUGAUAGAUAGCAGCAUUCUGUACUUUAUCUUUCCUUUAAAUAAACUGGUUCUCUGCAAAGCUGCGCACCCAGA